AUGGUUGGCGUGGAUGUGGGAGUUGGCUUGCAUUCACGGAGAUCUGCAAUGAAAAUAGUUGAAGUCAUUGCGAACCAAAUCAAGACCACCGUGUUUUCCAGGAUUAUUGCAAUUAAUCAAAAGGUGUGCCUAAUAAUCGAUGAAGCCACAACACUUUCAAUGAAAGCAGUGCUGAUAGUUUUUGUUAGAGUUGAGGAUCCAGAAUGCCCAGCACCCGUCUUCGUUGAGCUUCUGGAAUUACAGAAACAAGAUGCGGAGACCAUAUAUUCUGCAUCAUUGGGAAGCUUGCAUAAACUUGGAUUUACCACCAAAUAUCUACAGAAGAAUUUAAUUGCUUUCUGCUCCGAUGGUGCCAACAUUAUGCUUGAAAGAAAAUCUGGAGUCAGCGCCAGAAUAGCUCAAGACUUCCCAAACAUUGUCAUCUGGUACUGCUUGAGCCACCGCCUGCAACUUGUGCUGGAUGAUGCAAUAAGAGAAGUGAAGCAGAUCAACCACUUCAAGAUCUUCCUUGAUAAAAUACUCACCACUUUCCAGAAAUUCUGCAAGAGCCAGAAUGACCUCUUCCAAAUCUCUGAACAAUUGGGCAUAGAAAUUGUGAAGAUUGGCAGAGUUUUGGGACCAAGAUGGGCUGCCUGUAGUUUAAGGGCAACAAUAGCUGUGUGGCGUGCUUAUCCAGCACUACAUCAGUUUUUUCAGGGCAAUGGAAGAUUCCCAGGCAUGGCUUCCCGUUUUGAAAAUCUAAAUUUUUUAAAGGAUUUGGCCCUCAUGAUCGAUAUCCUAAAUGAGAUUUCUCUUUCGUCAAAUGUCCUACAGGGGAGAGAGAUAAAUAUUAUCAUGGCCGAAAAGUUAGUAUUGCAAACAAUCAAUGCUUUUGAAGUGCUUAGACAGAGAAAGGACAGAUAUGAAACAGAACUUGUGGAAGUGCUAAAAACACAAGCCUUCAAAAACAUCAAUUUAGCUCCAAAUCAACGAUUUGUUGCCCUUCCUCAUGACAAGUUUCUGUCAAGCAUCAUCACCAAUUUGAAGAAAAGGCUGAUGGAUUGCGACCAUUUAAGAACAAGUAGCCUAUUGCCAGAUGUAAACAAGUUACACUUUAUUACAUAUUUGGAGCCAGAUUACUAG